AUGAGCGCUCUGCUGCUGCGGUGGCUGAACGAUGAACUCAAACUGCACCACAAAGUUGAGGUGCUGGAGCGGGACGCCAGCAACGGGUACAUCAUCGCAGAGGUGCUUCACCUGCAAGGCUUGGAGCCGCAUCUCGAGAGGUACGAAACCUCGUCCACCACUGCAGCCAAGAUCCACAACAUGGAGCUCCUAGGCCAGAAGUUCGAGGGGCUCUGUGUCCCGUUCCCAGUGAACACCCGCCGGGCUAUCAUGAUGGAGGAGCGCUCCGCUGUGCUCCAGUUUCUAUUGCAGCUCAAGGACUUCCUACGCCGACGCCCCAAAGGCAGACCGGAUACAGCCAAGGCCAAGUCACUAGCGAUCGAGGAGCCCACGAAAGCGACGUCAAGUGCCACCAAGUCGGAUCUCCCUCCACGCGACGUUGAAGAGCGCUUCAUAGCGACCACGACCAAGAAGUUUCACCCGAAAGAGGUUCGCUUCCACAAGGGCGUCGACAUGGCUGUGUACCUGCGCAAGUUCGAGCAAGCGCAGUGGAACGCUGAAAACGAGCUAGACGAUCUGCACCAACAAGCCAAAGCCGACAAAAGUGCCAACUCGGCAGCAGGGUACGCUGCCGCACGCGCUCAUCUACAAGAGAAGGCAAAGUUCAUGCGCGAUUGGGACCGUGAACACCACGAAAAGUGGCAGCAAACCCAGCGCCGCUACCUCGCAGCAGAGCGCGAUGACCUGCGACUCGAGCUGGCCUUGGAAGCUCGGAGGCAAAUUUAUGCCGAGGCUAAACUGGCAGAAAGCCAGCAAGAUGCUGCAGUUGGGGUGGUCGAGUUCGAGAAGAACAUGAACAGACUGGGGCUGGCUUCUGGCGGAGCAGAACAAGCUCUGCAUGCAAUUCCAGCGAGUGACGCUGGCUCGCUUGCACAUUUCCGCAGCCUCGAGAAGCGCGUGGACGAUCUCGACUUCCGGCCUUCGAACAACGUCAAAAUGAUGAAAGAACUGCGGAAGCGGCGGAAGGCGCAGCUAGCAGCGGAGAAAGACCGUCGUAUGAGGAGACAGAAAGCCCUAGCGGACCAGAAGAAGUCUAUUGAGGCUCAUGAGACGGGAAGGCUGCAGGGUGGCGAUAACCAAAACUCCAUUCAUCUGACCGAUGCAGACGCAGCCAAGGCGUUGGAGGUACCAGAGGAGAGUGGGCCUCUUGUAGUAGAUCCACGUCAAAAGUACUUGGAUGACAAGCGAGAAGAGCUGGAGGAGAACUACGCACGCUUGCGAGAGUCUGGAAGUAUGAGGCGGGAAGAAGACAUGAAGGUGCUGGAGGAGCUUCGCUCGGCGACGCGGAAGAAGGAGCAGCUCCGCAAGUGGGACGUGUGCUCUGAUGCAUUAGACGGAUUGAUUUCGUUAGCACUGGCAGUCGUAUCGUCCAGCGAUAGGGACGUACUUGAUAUUACCCCACUGAAGAAGCAACUCUUCCUUCAAGUCGCUCCUUCAAAGCCUUCACACUGCGAUCAGGGUGGGCAGGAACUGCGUUAUGAGCUGGAAGUAUCGAUUCAGAACUUUUUGUCGGGCUCGGAAGUCUGGGCCACGCUUCCGCUGCAGUCCCGACUUACCACAUUCGACGUCAAACCCGACAUUCAAGCUCUGGCUGACAGUUGGGGGCAACAGGGCGCAGCGUUGGAUACAAGUUGGAGCUUCCCUCCCUCGUUCGUCUUCCUGAGUGUGUUCACAGAGGACGAAAGCGGCGUCGAGCUUGCUCAACGCGUCUCGACAGAGCACCACCUGGCGUUCCUGCAACUGGAUCUGCUCGUAGACGAAUGUGUAAAGUUGAGCUACGACCCUCAGAAGCUAGGAGAUCAAGUGGCGGCUCUGAGUGACCGGGAGCGGGAGCUCGGUGCUUUCGGCUCGAAGAUCUCUGCCCUCCGACAGAAGAACACGCCGAUCCCCGACACAAUGGCGGUAGAUAUCGUCGCGAAAGCCGUCUCGCUCUGCAGACGAGAAGCAGCCAUCGAUGGUGCCUCAAACCCGUCAGUGGGCGGAUGCAUGCUACACAAUUUCCCUAGGUAG